AUGUUAGAUGAUGUUUGGAGUGAGAGCUAUGAGGACUGGAUGACCCUAGUGAGCCCAUUUCAUACAUGUGCUCCUCAAAGUAAAAUUAUAAUGACAACCAGAAAGGUGCAAUUGCUCAAAACGCUGGGUUGCGAUCAUUUAAACCAUAUGCAGACUCUUUCACAUGACUAUGUUGUGUCUUUAUUUGCUCAACAUGCGUUGGGUGCAAUGAACUUUGAUUCACAUCCACUUCUAAGACCACAUGGUGAAGGCAUCGUGAAAAAAUGUGAUGGCUUGCCUUUGGCUUUAAGAGUACCUGGAAGGUUAUUGAGAACAAAGACUAAAGAAGAAGAAGAGUGGAAGGAGCUUUUGAAUAGUGACAUAUGGAGAUUAGGAAAGAGGGAUGAGAUUAUCCUAGCCCUUAGACUAAGCUACCAUGAUCUUUCUGCCAGUUUGAAGCAGUUGUUUGCAUACUGCUCCUUGUUCCCCUAUGUCUAUAUGUGUGACAAAGACGAUUUGAUUUUACUUUGGAUGGCGAAAGGUUUCCUUAACCAAUCAUCUUCAAACAAGUCAAUGGACCGUUUAGGUCUUGAAUAUUUUGAAGAGCUGUUGUCAAGGGAUCUUGACAUGCCUGACAAUCCAGUAGCGGUUAGAGAUGAAGAAGAAGCCAUCUUGAUCGGUUCCCGUUUAGGGUGA